AUGGCCGCCUUUUCUACUUCUCCUCCGUCACCGUCUUUCUGUUUCACUUCAAUUCCGGUGAAAAUUAGGUUCUGGAUUUUCCUAUUUUUGAUCGGAAUUAAUGAUUACUUGCCAAUUGCCGAUUCCUCCACUCUCGGAGUGGAGUACAUUUCGCGGCUCCUGGAGAUUCAAGACCGUGAGAGAGCGCCGCCGUCUCUCCAAAUCUCCGCCGCUUAUGCCGCCGUCAGUCGCCUGAUUCCGUCGCACGCCUCCAGCUUUCAGUUCAACAUCGUCACUAAGGAAUUUUGUGGUGGAGAAUCUUGCUUCAAAUUAAGCAAUUAUCCUGCCGUCAAUCGUAGUGGUUCUCCUGAAAUUGUAUUAUUCUGUGAUAAAGAUACGUUUGCAUGGUGGGAUUGGGAGAGAUGGGAGAAGGAAAUUGAUUGGAUGGCUCUACAAGGUAUCAAUUUGCCUUUGGCUUUCACCGGUCAAGAAGCUAUCUGGCAGAAAGUCUUCCAGAAAUUCAAUAUUAGUGGUUCGGACUUGAGUGAUUUCUUCGGAGGGCCGGGAUUUCUUGCAUGGUCACGAAUGGGAAAUCUACACGGGUGGGGAGGGCCAUUACCACAAAGUUGGUUAGACCAACAACUUGUAAUGCAGAAGAAGAUUCUUACACGAAUGUACGAACUGGGAAUGAAUCCAGUCCUUCCAGCCUUCUCUGGUAAUGUUCCAGCAGCUCUUAAAAGUGUAUAUCCAUCGGCAAAGAUAACACGCCUUGGGAACUGGUUUACUGUUAGUAGUGACACUAGAUGGUGCUGUACGUACCUUCUCGAUGCGACAGAUCCCUUGUUUGUCAAAAUAGGCAAGGCUUUUAUUACGCAACAAUUCAAAGAAUACGGACGGACUAGCCACAUUUAUAACUGCGAUACUUUCGACGAAAACACGCCCCCGGAUGAUGAUCCCAAGUAUAUCUCUUCAUUAGCUGCUGCAAUAUUCAGGGGCAUGGAAAGUGGUGAUGAUAAUGCUGUUUGGCUUAUGCAGGUGAAUCGAUCAAUAUACACAACUCUCUCUCUCUCUCUCUCUCUCUCUCUCUCUCUCCAUUCAGUUCCCGUCGGAAAGAUGGUGGUUCUUGAUCUAUACGCCGAAGUCAAACCAGUUUGGGCUACUUCCCAACAGUUUUACGGCAUACCUUACAUCUGGUGUAUGCUACAUAACUUUGCUGGAAAUAUCGAAAUGUACGGCAUUGUCGAUUCCGUUGGAUCCGGGCCGGUAGAUGCUCGUCUUAGUACAAAUUCAACCAUGGUUGGCGUUGGGAUGUCGAUGGAAGGUAUAGAGCAGAAUCCAAUCGUUUACGAUCUUAUGUCUGAAAUGUCUUUUCGAGAGGACAAAGUUGACAUUAAGACAUGGAUUAAUACAUACGCACAGAGACGAUACGGAAGAUUGGUACCAUAUAUACAAGAAGCCUGGAACAUAUUAUAUCGUACACUAUACAAUUGCACAGACGGACUAAACGACAAAAACAGAGACGUGAUCAUGUAUUUUCCGGACGUUGAUCCAAAUUCGAUUCUCACUUCACCUCUGCUAUUGUCACCCGCAAAGCAUCACAGCUAUAGUAAUCACCAAAGUCUUAGAAGAACUAUUUACGAACUUAGAAGCGAUUCGUAUACUCACCCUCAUUUAUGGUACUCGACUUCAGAAGUAAUACGAGCACUAAAACUCUUCAUAGCGAGUGGGGAUUAUCUCUCGGACAGUAACACUUACAAGUACGAUCUUGUGGAUUUAACGAGACAAGUUUUGGCGAAAUACGCGAAUCAAUUAUUCUUUAAGGUUGUGGAAGCUUAUCAACUAGGUGAUCUAAGUCUAGUGAAGCAGCUCAGCGAGAAAUUCCUCGGUCUUGUGGAAGAUCUCGACUCGCUUUUGGGUUGCCAUGAGGGAUUUCUACUAGGGCCUUGGCUGGAGAGUGCAAAGGAACUUGCUCAAAAUGAAGAACAGAAAAAACAGGUUCGAUUAAUCGUCCAAAAUUUCGAAAAAAACUCAAUUUUCGAGUCAUAA